UUUGGAAUCAAAACAAUACUGCUCGCAAUAUGGCUUUGCUUAAAGCAGCUAAAUUAAGUGGAUUUAACUUUCUUAUCCAAAGCAAUUUGAGAUCAUUCAGUGUAACAACAGCGUGCAACCUUAAAGAGAUCAAAGAAACGCUGCAAAAGGAUCGUCUCUCAAUCAGCGCCGAUUACGUUGCCUCACCCAGAACCGGUCAACUGCUCAAAGAGGUUGCCGAAGCCAAACAAAGUGGAAAACAAUUCUGUCCCAAGUGUACGCUGGGCCUGGACGUCAAGCAUACGGAUGUUUUGAUUCUGAGCCAGUUUCUCCGAAGCGAUGGCUGUAUGCUACCACGUCGGGUGACGGGGUUAUGUAAGCGUCAACAGCGCCGAAUGGGAGCCCUUGUUAUCAUGGCACAGAAAGCGGGUCUAAUGCCGAACAUGAACCCAUCGUGGAGCAAGCGUGACCCCAAGCAGCGAUAUCAGUGGAAGAAGUACAACAAAUACUUUGACGAAAGUACCAUAAAAUGUUAGAAAUAAAUUUAUUGUGAAUAAAAUACAGAUUAACACAGCGGAAUGGGUUAUU